GAAGUUUAACACUGGCAGUUGACGCGGAUUGGCACAUGGCAAGGAUUACAUUAUUUUGUCCAAAGCCGCCGUCUCCGGCUUCCUCCACAGUAAAUUGUAGUGUGGCCCAUUCGCUUAUCAAUACCGAGAUGUGGAAAAGCGGCCACAGACGCGUCCAUACCAACAGCAACACACUUCAGGACCCUUUAAAGCAGCAUCCAUCCUGUCUGAUAACAAUUAUCAGUUUAGCCGAAGAACCUCCGUCGACAUUUUUUGCCUGCGACACAAUUGCACAGAUUCUUCUACACGUCAAGAUCCUACCAUUGCCGCAGACAUGGCUCCAGACAGAGGAAACCGUCCGUCAAAGGCGACGCCGUCGUCGUCGUCCCGUGCUUGGGAGUCUCUCAACCCGCCUCUCUCACCAUGGAUCCUCGAAGCCACUUCCUCCAUGAACUUUCCCCGCAUGACACCCGUUCAAGCCUCUACCAUUCCUCUAUUCAUGGGUCAUAAAGAUGUCGUGGUUGAGGCUGUCACAGGAAGUGGAAAGACGUUGGCAUUUAUCAUACCAGUAAUUGAACGAUUACUGCGGUUGGAAGAGCCCAUCCAGAAGCAUCAUGUUGGUGCCAUUAUCAUCUCACCCACCAGGGAACUGGCGUCGCAGAUCUUCAACGUGUUGAUCUCGUUACUGGACUUUCACCCACCCUCUGCGGCGACACGCAAGGCCAUCCUUAUACCAGAGGACGCAGUUACCGAUGAUCAAACCGAGACCUUUCCUCCCUCAACUCCUAAGAUCACUCCUCAACUUCUUCUCGGAGGCUCCACAACCCCUGCGCAGGAUUUGAGUACAUUUCUCAAGACGUCUCCGAACUUAUUAGUCUCGACGCCCGGCCGUCUGCUCGAAAUCCUGUCCUCACCAUAUGUACAUUGUCCCCAGUCGUCUUUUGAGGUACUCGUGCUCGACGAGGCAGAUCGCUUGCUGGACUUAGGCUUCAAAGAUGAUCUUACCAAGAUUUUGAACCACCUACCCAAACAACGCCGUACAGGACUAUUUAGCGCCAGUGUCAGCGAAGCCGUCGACCAGAUCAUUCGAGUUGGACUACGGAACCCUGUCAAAAUAGCGGUCAAAGUAAAAGGUGCAAAUGGCGUCGAGGACAAGCGUACACCCGCGAGUCUCAGGAUGACCUAUGCGGUCACUCCAGCGUCUCAGAGGUUUCCGGCGUUGGUGGCUCUUCUAGGAGGACUAGACACUCUGCCUCUACGGACUAUUGUUUAUCUGUCUACGUGUGCUGCGGUGGACUAUUUCCAGGCUCUACUACCGACCAUUCUUCCAUCCGAAGCUGUACUUGUGCCACUCCAUGGCAAGCACCCAUCAAACGUCCGGCAGAAGAAUUUUAUUCGGUUCACGAACUCAGCUUCUCCAGCAAUCUUGCUCACAACAGAUGUUGCAGCACGAGGAUUAGACAUUCCAUCAGUGGAUUUGGUGGUACAGAUCGAUCCACCGUCCGAUCCAAAGGUCUUCCUCCACCGCUGCGGAAGAGCAGGUCGAGCAGGGCGAAAGGGUCUCAGCGUCGUCUUCCUCCUUCCAGGCCGCGAAGAAGACUACGUAUCAUUCCUCAAUGUCAGGCAAACGCCGAUCGAGCUGUUGACCAACCCAGACAUUUCCGUAACCCAAGAGGAAUGCACCGCCACCGAACAAGCGUUCCAAGAUGUCGUCCUAAAAGACCGACUUCUGCACGAAAAGGCUCAAAAAGCAUUCGUCAGCUGGGUCCGAAGCUACUCCAAGCAUCAAGCGUCGUCGAUCUUCCGGGUCGCAGACAUAGACUGGGCCGACCAUGCAUCGGCCUGGGGACUGCUGAAAAUGCCCAAGAUGCCCGAACUCAAGACUUGGGAUCGAAGCACCUACAAGGCACGCACUAUGGAUUGGGAUAAUUAUAGCUACAAGGACAAGCAGCGAGAAAAGCAGCGCAAACAGGAACUUCGAGAAGGUCCGAAGGAUAUACAGCCGCUGCGAAAGAAGCGAGAAGCCACAGUGGCGUGGUCCGACAAGAUCGAACACAAGGCCCACAAAGAGGUCAAGCGCUCGAAGAAAGCUGCUAAACGCGACUAUGAGCGCGUUGCGAAGAUGACCGACUCCGAAAAGGAGCGCGAAGCAGAGACGGCGAGGAUGGUGGAAGCGAUUCGGCACCAACAACAAUUGAACGCCAAAAAUGACGACGAUGAAUUUGAAGGAUUUGGAUAAAAUGCGGCUCCUUUUGUGCCUCUUUUGACGACAUGACGACCACUUUCAAGCGGAGGAAGCGCGCGAGCAGAUACCCAAAGAAGAUAAGGAAAGGUACUCCAAUAUUUCAUCUUCAUGCAGCGAGGUUGCGGAGUGGACACCUUGCAACUACUCUGAUCUUGGAGACAUGUAGAUGUGACCAAAGCUGGAUGCAUGUAC